CCAACAACUGGGGCGCUGUCGAAAAGAAAGCAUUGGUUAAAUUCCGUGCCUUCCUCCCCUCUAUCGUUUGUCAUUUUUGCCCGGUCCCUGCGAAGAAAUGGCUGUCUGCAGAUUUGCCACCGCCUCUUUAUUUCGAUUAAGGGGAACUGUUCUACUGAGCAGGUUGACGGUGCCAUGUGCAAAUCUUUUUGCGGGUGCACGGUCGCUGUGCACGCGAUCUCAAACGCAGCUGACUGUCAGACGUCAACAAAAUGGAAUAAGGAAUAUAGUUUUGAACAAUCCCAAGAAGAGGAAUGCACUAUCCUUGUCUAUGCUUACAUCCCUGCGGUCAGACAUCUUGGCUGACAUUGACAGUGAUGACCUCAGGGUCAUAAUUAUAUCAGCCGAGGGGCCGGUGUUCUCGUCAGGUCAUGACCUGAAGGAGCUGACAUCUGCCCAGGGCAGAGAGUACCACAGCAAGGUGUUCCAGGUCUGCUCUGAGGUCAUGACCCUGAUACAAGACGUUCCGGUUCCCGUGAUCGCCAAGGUCAACGGCGUUGCCACGGCCGCAGGGUGCCAGCUCGUUGCCAGCUGUGAUAUUGCCGUGGCAACAGAGAAGUCCACCUUUGCCACCCCGGGCGUCAACGUGGGGCUCUUCUGCUCCACUCCAGCCGUCGCCAUUGGCAGAGCCGUCCCCAGGAAGGUCGCCAUGGAGAUGCUCUUCACAGGAACCCCCAUCUCGGCCCAGGAUGCUUUGCUGCAUGGGCUGGUCAGUAAGGUGGUGCCAGAGGAGCGUCUGGAGGAGGAGACCAUGGCGGUCGCCCGGCGGGUGUGUGAGGCCAGCCGGCCCGUGGUGGCCCUGGGGAAGGCCACCUUCUACAGGCAGAUGGCUCAGGGGAGGGACGCGGCCUAUUCCACCGCCUCCAGGGUCAUGGUGGACAACCUGGCGUUGAGGGACGGGCAGGAGGGCAUCAGGGCCUUCCUGGAGAAACGGAAGCCUGUGUGGACAAACAGUACGGAGAAGGCACACGAGUGACUCUUUCUGAGUGGGGGGGG